CCUCUCCUUCCUUAUGCCUUCCUUUGUUUAGCCAUACAACUUUAAAAAGCUCAUGUACAAAUUAUGGGGUUCCAACCUUGAAGCUCCACCCUUAGGUGCAUACUAUUUGCUGAUAAGCUAUAUUAUUUUGUUUUUAACCAUAGAGAAGGCGAAGUGAGAUAUAUACCUAAUAAAGUGUGCAUAUUUUUGAGAAAUCGGUAAUUAGCGUUACCACCAUUUCACAAUAAAGAGUUUUAUGCAACGUUUUCCUCCUACGCGGUUCCUCUACAGACAGUCUCCACCCCCAACAAAGAAGGUCGAUAUCCCCGAAAUUAAAAAAACCCAUCAAACAUCACAUGAUCCAAACCAGAGAGCACACAAAUUAAUUUCUGGGUCCCAAAAGAAACACCCACCAACUUUCCCCGUUCCCAUUGUCAAACCCCACCCAUCAUGACCAUAUAAUACUCCUUAUUAGCCACAAUCUUCGUCCGCCAAAUCGCUAUAAGUAAUCGCCUUAAUUAAAUAAGAGAUAAUAAUUGAAAAAUGAUGAUGCAAAUCCAAUAAAAGCAAGCAUCUUGUCAUCAUCUUACGUUGCAAUUCUAUCCAACCGUCCUGGUUCGUCAUCACAUCUAAUUUACAAAUUAGAGGAUUCUCCAAAUCUUAGAAAUAUUUUCCUAAUCUAGUUUAAAAAGUCUUACCGUUUUCUAUCCUAAUCUCCUAAUUGAUAGAUUUUCUCAUUCCUCUUAUAUGGCAUAAAUGCUUCCUCCUCGAGUUCGCUCCGUCUUCCCCUCUGCUUUCUUCCGCACGCUUAUCAUGUCCACGCCGCGGCUGGAGGCGAAGCCCUCCCUCCGGCGGCCGGCCAUAUCGGUCCCGGCUGUGCUCGACCUCAACGGCGGCGGCGACUUCAACCUCCACCACUGGAGGAGGGCGGACUCGGGCUACACCAGCCUACGUGACAUUCUCACCUCCUCCUCCUCCUCCUCCGCCGGCGGUGGCCUCCUCUCACCCUCCUCCUCCGUCACCCCCGGUGCUGGCGAGAUCCAGAUCAGGAAUCGGCUGGUGAAGCAGGCUGCCUACGCCUACCUCCAGCCCACCCCCUCCUCGUUGGAGUCCUCCCGCCGCCACCGCCGCUGCCGCCGCGACGAAUCCCUACGGCGGCUCCUCGCUGUCCUCUCCUGCGGCCUGGCUGGCUCCUGCUUCCACUUCGUCGGGCGCUUCCUCCAAUCCAUCCGGCGAUCGCGGCGUUAACGAUGAUGACACUAACGGCGGCGCGAGUUCCAUAUUUCCUUUUCUUUUCUUAUUCGCUUUUAUUCUUUUAUUAAGUUUUUAUACAUAGAAAGGAUAGAGAAGCAUUGGCAUUUGUUUUUUUCAGGAGUCAAGUUUAGAUUUCAGAAAAAAAAUAAAAAUAAAACGGGUGUUAAUCCCACCUA